GUUUUGCUUGACCUUUUAUUUUCAGAAUUAUCAAUCAUAAAGCAAAAAUCACUGAAAGUUGACCAAGAAUUAGAAAUAUCUGAAAAUAAGACAAGAGAUCUAAGGCUAGAUAUUCAGAAGUAUACCUCAAAAUUGGAGCUACUUAAUGAGAAAAUAUACACUAAACGAAGGAACCAUGAUAUUGAAGAAAGCGAAUACGAGCACGAACAGUUUGAGCUAAGCCAAAAAUUGAAGGAUACCGAAAUGAGUACAUUAAAGUUAGAGAAAGAUAUAAAUGAAUUGUUAAAUGAAAUCGAGCUAAGCAAGGACCUCGUACUCGAUAGACAUAGAGAAGCUCUUUCCUGGGAAACAAAGCAUAAAUUAAUUGAGGAAACUAUUGAUUGGACUAAAACUGAGCGUUCAUUAAAUGGUGAAAUAGGGGCAAUGAAAAUUGAAAUUCAUAGAAUGACCAUUCGCUUGACUCAAUUAAAACGUGCACAGGAAAAAUUAGUGCAAGAUUUAGAGCAUUGUGUAAUGCAUCGUGAACAAAUUUUCGUAAAUGCAUCGGUCAAAGAGCACGUUGAUGCAAAAAAGAAGAAAUAUAAGAAUGCAUCCCAGGCUCAAAUCAAGCUUGAUGAAGUCCGCAACAAAUCGAAAGCCAUUCAAAAUGAAAUAACAUUUCUUUCAGAAAAGCGCAUUACUGAUAACAUAAAUAAUAUUGAACGAAUGGUCUACAUUCUACGAAAAAAUCAGAGCGAUCUUAAAGAAGUUUCAAAUAAGGAU